AUGGCAGGCCUGCGAUGGUUCGCAUCGGUCGCCAUGCAGCUGUUGAUGAUCCUAUGCUUGGUUCGCCGUAGCAGCUCGCAGUGUCGGUUCGGGGCUGUCUUAGUGAAUGGAGUGAAUGGAAGUACGUGCUUGUGCGAUCAGGGCAAUUACGGAGAUGCAGCUGCCUGCUUGCCAUGUCCCAAGGGAACCUACAAGUCUGAGGUCGGGACGGCCAGGUGUAGAGACUGUCCACUAUUCUCAGACUCUGAGAAAGCGAGCAUCUCGCCCAACAACUGCAGUUGCAUCACCGGAUACACCAAGAUCAGUGGGGAAUGUUUCCGAUGCCUCGCCCCAGACAACUGCGCGAAGAUCGUGUCAACGAGGGAGAAGAUCGGGGUCUGCGGCAACUGCUCCCUGUACUUCCAAUACAACGACAGCGGGCUUCACGUCGAUGUGGGUGCAGCCGAUUACCAGGAGACGCUGGGUGGGGAGAAAUUCUGCUACUGCACAUACCUCGAUCUCUCCAACAGGUACCUCGCAAAACUCGGCCCCUCGGUCUUCAGCAAGAUGAGAUUCUUGGAGCGUUUGGAUCUGUUCGGCAACUACCUGGCCAGCAUUUCAGCUACGGCUUUCAGCAACCUCCCGUACCUGAAGCAGCUCUAUCUCCAGGGCAACAAGAUGCGGUACCUCCCCCCGGGCCUCUUCAACAACCUCACAAGCCUCGAAGGCGUCUACUUGGAUCAAAACAGUCUCAUCGUCCUCGAGCCUGAUGUAUUCUCCGGACUUGAUAAUCUGAAAACCAUCUACUUGGAAUCAAAUAAUCUGGAAGAAAUUUCGUCCAGUCAGUUCCAAAACCUGGGUCAGCUACAGACGCUGGAGAUUUCUUACAACUACAUGGUCAACUGCUUGGACUUGCCUAAUGUGACAGUUUUUCAGACAGGAUGCAGUAGUCCUUGA